AUGGGAGCGGAGGCUGUUGGUAAGAGCUGUAUAGUUAAGAGGUAUUGUGAGGGAAGAUUUAUUAAACGAUAUAUAAGUACUAUCGGUAUCGAUUAUGGUACGAAGACUAUCAAGUACAGUGGGGAAGGAAAGAGUCAUAUCAUGAAGAUUAAUCUCUUCGAUAUGGCUGGACAUGACGAAUUCAGAGAUAUCAGGAUUGAAUUUUAUGAUAAUACACAAAGUGGACUACUGGUGUAUGAUGUGACGUCUAUGGCAUCAUUCAGAGCACUAGAUGGUUGGCUCAAUGAGCUCAUCACCAUACGAGAAUGUAACAGUAAGAUUGGUAGGGAUAAGAUCCCCAUCAUACUGGUAGCUAAUAAGAUAGAUGUUGAAGCAUUGAGAGUAGUAACUAGAGAACAAGGUGAGGACUAUGCAGCACAGAACGGUAUGAAGUAUUUCGAGACAAGCGCUAACACUGGAGAGGGAAUACAGGAAGCAUUCUUGUAUCUUUUCACACGACUAUUAUCAACGUGCUAUCAUUAA